UGCUGCUGCGUCUGCUGCUGCCGCUGCUGCCGAUACCCUCCGGCUGGGACGACACUUGCGCCGGAUACACCCAUCAAAAUCACCAUGCGCUAAUGCUGCUGUCAAAGUGAUCAAGCAGCAAAAGCAACAAUAGACACCACCACAAUAUGGAUCCCAACGCCCAAGACUACCAUGGCUCACAAGGCGCGCCGGCGUCCUCGUCGCCGCAACAAGCUGGUGGAUUCAUGAGACCUUUCGCACUCUACGAAGCUCUGCCAUAUACGCCUUUCACCUCGAUCGUACCUUUUGACCCAAGCAUCUUACCUACACCUUCGAUCGGAGCUGCGUCGCCCGCCCCCAGCGUACUCGACCUCCUCAGCACUCAGGAAUUUGAUGGCCUCAAUCAAGAAGUUCGCAACACAGGUCCGAGCAAACGCGUUCAGCAAACUCUCAGUCAGGUCCAACACUUGAUAGAGAGGGCGAAUAUCACAGAAUUCAAGUUUAAGACGGGUCCGAAAGCACCAACCAGUGGUAGUUCUUCUGCUGUUGCCCCAAUAGCCUCGUUGGCAUCUACCCUCUCUCCAUUCUCAAAGAUGUUUUACGAGCAAACGUCAAUACCGUUCAGGUACCCAACGCCAGAUACUCCCGGCAUGACAUCCGCAAACGGCCAACAACCGAAAGUCGAGCGGACUACGCCCGUCCCCAUCAAACAAGAGUCACCGGUUCCCCCACCGAAAGUCGAACAUAGGGCUGAGAGACAGACUCCUACCAACGCCCCGAAGAACCGUCAAGCGCAUUCGCAGAACCGGGCCCGGUUUGAAAUAGUGUUACCAACCAGGGCCGAACUCGAAAGGGCCCAGGCGGCUCUUCAAGCCAGCUCGAGCCAGGGCAUUGCGUCAAGUGAGCCGCCAGUCUCAACCCGGCCACCCAUUUCUCAGCCUCCGCCUCAGUUUGCACCCAUACAGCCGGUACUCAUACAGCCGGCACCUCCCCAACCAGCACCACAGCAGCCUACACUCUCGGCGCCUCCCGAGUUAGCUCCACCCGUGGCUCCAAAACGGCCUAGUGAAGAGGUUGCUGCUCUUCCGUCGCCGGCUCUUGUUGUUAGAGGUAGUCCGACAAAGUCGACCUCUCAGGCUCCCUCCAACUCCCAACAACCAGCUGUCGCUAUUGCUAUCGAGCUGCCUCAUGCGCCUAUUUUUAACAAGAGUGAGUAUAUGGCUAUUCCCGAUGAGCCUGACGAGCCGGUCAACCUUUCGGAGCGGAAACGGAAACGAGAAGACCUAGACGAGGAGCUAUAUGGGGAGAGUUUGGGUUUCCAGCAGCGAAGCAACGCUGCCCUUCAUGAGUUGAAGGUUUUUUUACAACAAGUUUUCGAGGCAGAAAAUCAUGCUGUUCAUAAUCGUACAUCGAACGAAUGGGUGCUGCUAACCGUUGACGGAGAAAGCACGCUAUCUCCAGUGUGCCAGACCAAGGCCCAAACGCUGCUGGCAAAGGUCAUCCAAUUGAACUGUUUUCACAAAGUUCCACUCCAAGAUCUUCUUCGCUUACUCCGUUUCUGCGAAAAUGCCUUGAAGCAAGCCGACUCUUUGGAGAUCAAGGUUGAGGAGUCAUGGGUCCCCGCGGAUGUUGAUUCGUGGAUCCAGCAGCUUCCUGCGUUGGAAACAGCUCUCAAAGCUGCCAGGACAGCGUUACGUAUGAUGUGCGGAGGGCGUGAGGAUAAGCAGCUAUACUCGGAGGAUACAAUCGACCAGUCACUCAAUUUGUUCAAAAGGGUAAUGGACGGUAUCGUGAUUCCGGUCGCUGAGUUGAGGAGUUCCGAUAACACCGCAGAGCUCUUCAAGUUACUAUCUUCCCACAAGAAGAGGAUCGCAUCACUCUUCAACGAUAGCCAAAAGCUGUUCUCGCAGAUGUCAGUACUUUUGGCCAAGAUUGACACGUCGGAUACGGUCACCAACACCCUGGAGUUCACGGCUUCACAACUGAUUUUCCUCGAAACCGCUCAUACGGAAAGGGAGUCGGUUCUCGAUACUCAGAAGUUCGAUGGCUUCCGUCUGGUGGCUAUGGAUAUGCUAUCGCAGAUCUUCCAUUUGAAUCCUGCCCAACGACAAGGCAUCUUUGACGAGAUUCUGACCUCACUAGAAAAACUGCCACUGGGAAAGCGUGCCAGGACGUUUAAGCUGGUUGAUGGAAACAGCAUACAGCCAGUUUCUGCACUGAUCAUGCGAUUGGUCCAAACCAGCGCAGGACAAGUUGAUGAGACAAAGACACACGGAGGCAAAGCUCUUCGCUCAGAUGGCGACGAGGAAGAGGAUGAGCUGGCAGGCGCAGUUACCGGUGGGAAGCAGCUGUCGUUUGUUAUUCGUGAUGAGGACCACGGCGCAAUCCAGCAUUCAACUGCAAUCCAGGAGCUUACCGCUCUUGCAACGCCCUUGAUGGACACGGCUAAGCGAAAUGCUUCUUAUGUCGUCAACUUCAUUGUGAACCGUGCGCUGACGUCCACAAAAUCCGGCGAUACUCCGUACCGCAACCUUCUCGAUCUUUUCGUGGAGGACUUUACAACCUGCAUGGACAACCCAGAUUGGCCGGCAGCAGAACUUCUGCUUCGUCUGCUAAACUUCAUGAUGGUUAAGCUGGUGGAGGGUGAUAAGACAAGCGUCACCGCCAAGAAUAUGGCGCUUGAACUGAUGGGCACCAUGGGCGCUGCGAUCUCCAAGCUUCGCAGUCAUGUCAGGAAGACGGCGAAUGCUUUGGACGCCAGGGAUGCGGAUGAACUGGGACUUUUCCUGUCGGAUCUUGCCGCCUCAGCACUGGAACUGCGAUCACGCUCGGAAACGAUGGUUGCUUGGGUUGGUCCAUACCGGGCGACCCUGGAAUGGCUCGAGAGCCGUUUCACCGAGGACCCGCAUCUCGCAAGCGCCAUCAGCUUCAUAAUUUCAGAUUGGGGCACAAAAGUUUGUGCUGGGUAUGAUUCUUGCGACGAUGACGACCGCGAGCGCGAUCAGGAGUUUGGAAGACUGGCCUACAGACUGCGACAGAUGAUCCAAGACCGUCGAUGGCUCUCCAACGAGUACUCUUUCAAGAAAGUGUCACCUAACCAGGCCAAACUUUCCUAUUCCAUCACACUGUUGCGGUCGCAGUUAUGCGAAUCCUUCAGCGCAAUUCUCAACAUCUUGCUCGGUUCGAUGGCUAGCGACCAGCCGACAGUCAGGAGCAAGAGUUUGAAGAGUAUCAAUCAGGUCCUGGAGACGGACCCGUCUAUUCUCGAUGGCGAUUCUGUGGUGGUCCAGCUCAUUCUGCGCUGCUCAAACGACUCGUCGACCCAAGUUCGAGAUUCGGCACUCGGCCUUAUCGGCAAGUGUAUCAGUAUGAGACCAGAGUUGGAGACUAAGAUGAUCGGAACUGUGGUUGAUCGCUUCAUUGAUGCCGGACCAGGAGUCAGGAAGCGGGCUAUGAAACUCGCUAAGGAUAUCUAUCUUCGAAACAAAAGCAAGGCGAUCCGCAGCGCCAUUGCAAACGGUCUGCUUCACCGUGUGCAGGACCCGGAAGAGAGCGUAAGGGACCUGGCUCGCCAGGUUAUCGAAGAGAUAUGGUUUAUUCCCUUCCAGGAGGGCGAGAACUCUGCAUCAUCUCAGAUCUCCCUCUCGGACCAUGUUGCUUUGAUGGUUCAGACCGUAAAGCAAGGAAACGUGACCAACGUCUUGGACAAAGUCUUGCAGACUCUCUUGGCACCGGAUUUCAAAUCUGCGGCGGUGUCGUUGGAAGUCUGCAGAAAGCUGGUUGCAAGCAUGUUCGAACUGGUGGACAACCCUGAGUCGGGAGAUUCGUCUGUUCCUUCGGGUCGCGAUGCCCUGACAGUCCUUCAGAUUUUUGCGAAAGCUGAUCCUAGCCUUUUCACGUUUGAGCAGCUUCGACUUCUCAAGCCUCAUAUCGACAGCAUGAACAGCAGCGAAGACCUAGUUGUGUCGAGGGCAGUCGUUGUCAUCUACAAACUAGUUCUCCCAGAGGUCUCAAGCGUGCAUAACGAAUUCCUUACGGAUGUUCGUAACAAACUCUUGCCUGCUGUUCCGAAGGUCACGAGAGUCUUGCUUGAUGAUAUCGUGGCAUGCCUCUGGAUCAUUAGCGAACGUUUAGACAACUCGGACAAUCUCGCGAGACUCGUGUGCUCCAGUUUGGUGGCCAUGAACCAUAUGCGCGUCAGUAAUCCGAACAAGCCCCUGGAGGGGAUGCCGAGAAAGCAGUUCGAACGCUACUCGCUGAUCGUGGGUAUGAUCGGCAAACAUUGCAAUCUUGAUAGCCAUUUCCAGCUUUUCAAGCAGAGCAAAAUCGGCCCUAGGAUGACAGGGUCCGCCAUAUCAAAGCUUAUGGUUGACAUCGUGGUACCAUUUGCGUCCCCUAUCCAACCUUUGGAUGUGAGGAAAGCGGCACUCGACUCGGUCGGCCUGGUGUGCCAGUCUUCCCCAAGGAACUACGUGGCAGCCAACGUCUAUACAACAUUCCAGCAAGUCUUUGACGACCAGAAUCCGGUGCUGGAAUCGAUGGUCUUGCGUUCUUUCAAGGAAUUCCUCUUUACGGAGGAGAAGAGAUCCGAACAGGCCCCGGAAACUGCGGCUGGCGAUGGCAAAGGCAAGAAGAAACGCGAGCUGACUGUGAUCGGAGGCACAAACCACGAUGAUGUGGCCAGUGCGACGACUCACCGGUUCCUCAAGGAGAUCAUCCGUAUUGCCACCGCGACUCAGGACGAGCAUGCUUUCUUGGCAGUUGAGGUCCUUGCCAGCAUUAACCGUCAAGGUCUGGUCCAUCCCAAGGAAACGGGCGUGACCUUCAUUACUCUAGAGACUUCGUCUAAUCCCCGUAUCUCUGAGCUCGCCUUUCUGGAGCACAAGUCACUUCAUGGAAAGCAUGAAACUGUUGUUGAACGCGAAUACGUCAAGGCGAUACAGUCGGCUUUCGCGUAUCAGCGCGAUAUUGUCAAAGAUCCGCGUGGCGCGACAGUCAAUCCAUUCACCCCUAAGCUUCAUCUCAUGAUGGAGGUGCUCAAGAUCAGCAAGUCGAAGAAUCGUCAAAAGUUCCUGGAGAAGCUCUGCACUCAGGUGGACUUUGAUGUGUCGAAACUCGAACUGACAGGCGAGGAAAUCCCUCCUCACGUUCAGUAUGCCCGUUUCAUCAUCGAGAACAUGGCCUUUUUCGAGUAUAUGACGGUGGGCGAGCUUCAGUCUACCGUUUACACGAUGGAGAAGUUAGUCACAUCAACCGGAUCAACCAUAGCUCAAAUCAUUGAAUCGGAGGUUUUCCAGGUCCGAAUGGACGCUAUUGACGGGCCCGCGCCUGAGCCUGAGCCGACACCAGCACUGGCGCCCACACCUGGAGAGCAGCCCCAUGAACAACCGAUGGCGCCUGUUCAGCCUGUCCAACCAGCACUGCCCGAUAUUGACAUUCAGCGCCUCCGCCAGUUGACAGCAGGGUCCAUGAUCCUCCUCGCCCUUUGGGAAGUCCGCACCUACCUCCGCCGUCUUUACAACAUGGGCACCAACCGCCGCGAGCAGAAAGCCAAGAUCCAGGGCAAAGACCUCUCUCGUCCACCGGUCAAAAUCCAGGGCGUCGCCGGCGACAAGGUUUGGGAGGAGAUCGGAACUAUUAUGACCGGUCUCAUUUCCCGCGAGCGCAUGAUGCAGACGUGCAAAGCAUUUGUAGAGCUCAUGAAUGUUGACAAGGAGUUCCUCGUUCAGGAUGAGGACGAGGAUGAGGACAUGAUGGACCCCUUGACGCCGCCGAGCGGGGGUGAAGAGGAUGACUAUGAUGAGGCAGGCCCAGCCGCCGGUCCCGGGAGGGGAAGGAAGAGGAAAGCAAGCGCCACAGGUCCCAACGGAUCACCCGCCCCGAAGAGGAGAGGAAGGCCACCAAGAAGCAAUUCCAAGGGGCCGCAGGGGCCGCCGAAGAAACGCGGCAGACCUAGAAAGAAUCCGUUGCCCGAGGCGAGCCAACAACAUGACGACAUGGAGGCGGAUUGGCUCUGAUUUCCGUGGUCUGGUUUCAUUCUUGGGGUCUGUAUUGCUUCUGGGACGGGUUUCAAUGACAUGGAAGGAUGGAUGCAUUGCGUCGAUUAACAUGGAUAUCUGGGUGACGGAAUCCCUCAUAGAGAGAUGAAAUGUUAGGUGGUCAUC